UCUUUGUUCUUCAGUGAAUUAAGUCUGCGCACUCUGCUCAGCCGUCCGCCAUUACUGAACUGACAUUUCCACAAAGAAAGCCUCACUUCGAGGACGGCGGUGCAGGGAUUUCACCGAGUAUGAGGCUCGACAUUUGUUAGCCUGUUCAUUAGGAGGGAGGGGGAAGAGUGGGUGAGGGAGACAGUGAGGGAGGGGGAGGUUCGAACACAGCAGCAGCACAGCGGCGUCGGCCAUCACGAAGCUCUUUAUCGCCCAAUCUUGUCGAAAACCAGCACAGGCUAGUUCCUCGAUUACCAUCGCAUUGAAAGAUUGGCUGAUGUAGACCGCCACAUUAGCGGGAGCGUUGAUGUUCAGUUUUAAUGCUAGAUGAGUGAGGUGGGUGUGGCUUCCCACCAGCCCGACCAUCCUGACUGACGGAUCUCUGGAUGACCUUGUCCCAACCCCUGUCCCUGCGCUCACAUACACCACAGCAAUGUCACAUCUGCCCAGCAGCUCAGUCCGCGACCAUAUGAAAUGGGCGGGGCUGCUUGGCUGCGAAGCUGUCCUUUCCAGUAUGGCCCUGAUGCAGGCCAGUUCUAUGGCUGCUCCGCCGAAAAAAAUGAUGGCCCCUCUUGGUCAUGCACCACCACAGAGAGAGGGACCUGAUCGUGGCCCCCAGAGCCAUAUGAUUCUUCCCUCUGGAAUGAGCUGUCCACCACUGCUCAUCAGGAAGGAAGGUGAAUUCCAAGCCCCACGCCUGCUGGAUGAGAAGGAGAUGAGAGCCAAUGAGGACAUGCAGCAGAAAAAAAAGAACAGGAAAUCAGUGACGCCCUGUAAAGUGAGAGAACAAGAAGGAAGGGGAGGGAAGGGCGCAGGUGGAGAUGAGAAUGGUCCAUCGUCCAAAGUGCAAAAAAACUUUAUCUGUGAUCACUGUUAUGGAGCAUUUAGGAGUGGAUACCACCUGAAGAGACAUAUUCUCAUUCAUACAGGGGAGAAGCCGUAUGCUUGUGCCGUAUGUGACAUGAGGUUUAUUCAGCGUUACCAUCUGGAGAGACACAGCCUCAUUCACACGGGGGUGAAGCCAUUCGCUUGUACCAUGUGUGACAUGAGGUUUUUUCAGCGUUACCACCUGGAGAGACACAAACUCACUCAUACGGGGGUGAAGCCGUAUGCUUGCUCCAUGUGUGACAUGAGGUUCUUUCAACGUUACCAUCUGGCAAGACACAGUCUCACUCACACUGGGGUGAAACCUUAUGCUUGCUCCAUGUGCGACAUGAAAUUUUUUCAGCGCUACCACUUGGCAAGACACAGCCUCACUCACACGGGGGUGAAGCCAUAUGCUUGCUCCAUGUGUGACAUGAGGUUUUUCCAGAGAUACCACCUGGCGAGGCACACACUCACCCAUACGGGGGUGAAGCCAUACGCUUGCUCCAUGUGUGACAUGAGGUUCUUCCAGCGUUACCAUUUGGCAAGACACAGUCUCACUCAUACUGGGGUGAAACCGUAUGCUUGUACCAUGUGUGACAUGAGGUUUAUACAACGGUACCAACUGGAGAGACACAGUCUCACUCAUACAGGGGUGAAGCCGUACGCUUGCACCAUGUGUGACAAGAGGUUUUUUCAGCGCUACCACCUGGCAAGACACAGCCUCACUCACAUGGGUGUGAAACCUUAUGCUUGCACCAUGUGUGACAUGAAGUUUUUUCAGCGUUACCACCUGGCGAGACACAGCCUCACUCAUACGGGUGUGAAACCUUAUGCUUGCACCAUGUGUGACAAGAGAUUUUUCCAACGAUACCACCUGGCGAGACACAGCCUCACUCAUAUGGGUGUGAAACCUUACGCUUGCACCAUGUGUGACAUGAGGUUUGUUCAGCGUUACCACCUGGCCAGACACAGCCUCACUCAUACUGGUGUGAAACCUUAUGCUUGCACCAUGUGUGACAAGAGGUUUUUCCAACGCUACCACCUGGCGAGACACAGCCUCACUCAUAUGGGUGUGAAACCUUAUGCUUGUACCAUGUGUGACAUGAGGUUUGUUCAGCGUUACCACCUGGCCAGACACAGCCUCACUCAUACGGGGGUGAAGCCGUAUGCUUGUUCCAUGUGUGACAUGAGGUUUAUUCAGCGUAACCACCUGGAGAGACACAGCCUCACUCAUACGGGAGAGAAGCCAUUUGCAUGUGACGUGUGUGAUAUGAGGUUUAUCCAGCGCUACCACCUGGAGAGACACAAGCGUGUCCAUAGUGGGGAGAAGCCUUACCAGUGUGAACGGUGCCAGCAGAACUUUUCUCGGACAGACCGACUGCUGCGGCAUCGGCGGUUGUGCCAGGGUCGCAAUGUCCCCAAAGUAGAGAACCAGCCUUGCUGCGAUCCACGUCCAUAUCCCCAAGAAGCUCCACCGGCGCCCCCUACCUGGAGCCCUCUGCACCCACCGGCAGGUCGACUGGCGGUCUGACAUUCCACUUUCCUCACAUCCACGACAGCGUUAGAGAAGGGACGAGCCACAGGGUUUCUUCAUCCUCACGGCUCUGUGCUGGGUGGAUACUGCUUUAGCACAGGCUGAUCUUGCAGCUCCGGUCUAGGAAUUAACUCAUGACAGAGGGACAUUUGUGUUUUUGUUUUGUAGUCUUUUUACCGUAUUUUUUUUUUGUUUGUUUUUUUUUUUUUAAGGCGAGUGUUUUCGUGAUGAACAGUGCUCCUGUUUUGUACUUACUCAAUUUAGUUUUUUUCUUUUCUUUUCAAAAAAACAAAAAAAAAACAUUUUUAUUAUUGUUUAAAUAUAUAUUUCGUAAUUUAGUGGUACUGAGGCAGAGCAGUGGGUGUCGUUGAGCCCAUUGUACAAACAGCAGACAGAAAAAUCCCAGAGCUUCUUUCUAAGAUGUCCUUUUGAAGCCCAUUUUGAUGCCAAAAGGAUUGGCACUUAGGUCAAAUGAAACAAACUGAACUUUCCUUCAAAGUGACGGAAGGAAACUUCUGUGUUGGAAUUCCAAGUGGACCAGUUCACUUCCUGUUACGGUUUAGAUGUGUGUCACUUCACUGAGUGUCUGGUCUAAAUGUCACUCCAACAACAGAGUUUCCUCGAUCUCAUCAUCACAUGAAGUGCAGUUUUCUUGAUUACUUUGUGUAGAUAAUUAAAACAAAAUGUUUGUUUUACUGUGGGACUGCACAAAGUGGGCUUAAAAAAAACAACAAACCGAUACUAAAUACUGUUGAAAAGAGUCUGUUUUUUAGUGUGAUAAAGAUGGAGCUUCACGACUGUAAACCUUGACUUGUAGAGAUGGGAGAGAGCGUCCUGCAGCGGAAGAGUGUCAAAUCACAGGAGGUUGUUCUGCUCACGUUGUGCUUCUGUGUCGUACAUGACAUGGUUAUGACUCAGGAAAAGGCACAGGUAGGACGGCGGUCUCGGUGAGUCCUUGUCUUGAGUUGUUCUAUAAAUAUGGCUGUAUAUAUUUUUAGUAUAUGCAGAAAUGUUCAGUGCUCCCAGCUCAGUCUAUAGAUCCUGCUCUCAAAUAGUGGCCACUUGUCCAAUUCUGAUGUUUGUACAGUUCCUCACAUUGUGAGACCAGUGAGAAUUUACAAAAUCAUGUGGCCUUAGUGUUUCUUUUUUCCAUUACCUUUCUUUUUUUUUUUUUUUUUUUUUUAACUGUUGUGAGUCAUGUAUUUACUCAGACAACAGACAACACAGCCGUUCAUCCUGGACUGUGUGGUUUUUAUUUUAAUUUUUUUUUUAUGUUAAAGCGGUUGUGGUUACAAAUUUUUGACAUCUCCAGUGUCGCUCAAACCUGACUGUGCUCUCUCUCUCGUCCAGAGAAUAAUAAAUAUUGAAUAUUUUAGGUGAUGUAACGCAGUAUCUAAUCCUAAAAGAACCCUGGAGCGUUGGACAGUGUAUGUGAGCAGUGGUUUGUGCUACAAUUGUUUUCUCCUGCAGUGCUUUGGCUGCAGCAGAACCAACACGGGGCUUGACUCUGCUCCACACUAACUGUUGCCUUUUUAUCCAAAUACGUUGUGGUUGGUGUGUAAUAAUGGAUGUCCGUCAUGUCAUUGGGUUUAGCCUUAAGUACAGGUAAACACAAAUAAUCUUUGUAGUACUAAAUGAUAUUGUAACAAACCAUUUCUUUUUAACUGAUGAUGAACUUUGUUACUACUUUGUGGAGGUUUUUGUUUUUGACACACAGAUGGCAGAUGUACGGUUAUUCAGAGCAACUGUGCUGCCUGCUUUGGAAUUUCUCAAACUUGAUCCUUUGUGUGGCUGAAAAGGCGAUGGUGCUGGACUGUGUGUGCUUACAUUUUCAGACCACAGUCUAGAAAGUGCUGAGAGAGAGUGGAAUAUGUGUGUGGUCAGCUUUGACGUGGCCCUAAUUCGCUAAUUUUGUCUUUGAUUUGAGGGUUGAAACAAUGUAAAAAUAUGUUCCUGUCAAACCAUCUUUUUCUUUUUUUAAAACUACCGUUUGUUAAAGUAAUGAUUACUAGUGGAUACAUAGUUUCCUGUGCUUUGAAUACAGAAAAACUCCAUUGAUGGCAAAGAGGCCAAGUUUGAGAAAUGCAUCAAGUUGCUCUGGAGUCACUUUUCAAAGUGGAAGUUUCUGGCAUGAGCAGGUAGUUAAAAUGGCUAAAGGGCAAUACAGUAUAUAGUGACGUCACAUGUUAAUACCUUUUUUUUUUCUCUUUUUCUCAAUUAUUGUUUUUAGUAUAAUCGAUCUCAUUGUUUUAAUGCAAUAGAAUCAUUGAGUCUGAGAAGGUCAUUUGUUUAUAAGAUUGAAAUUUGAUCAAAGAAUUUUAUUUGUCUGAAGAUUUGUCAUCACAUUUUUUAUGAUUGUUUUAAGGACCUUUUUUAUUCUGAUAUUUUAAACACUGGAGUGAAAGGAAAAAAAAAAGAUAAAAAAAAGAUGUUUUUUUCCUUCAGACUGUACUAGAUUUUAGGUUGUAGACAAAGCCUAUUUCUCCUCAACAUGAUGCAGAAAGUGGACAGAACAUUUGGAUCAGUGCAGUUGAGAGCCCAGUAUGAUCAGAAAUUUUAACAUUAGAUGCAAAAUGUGCUUGUUUUUCUUUUUGUUUGUUUUUUUUUUCUCUUAUACAAAGUUCCGGGUAUUUGUAGUAAAUUAUAUUGAUGAUGGUAUUAGAAGAACAACAGCAUUACAGUAGCUAUCACAGAUUAGUUGUUUUCUUUAUUAGUCUUGCAUGCAGAGUUAUGGUCCUCAGUUAAGAUAGGAUCUUGAUAUUGAUUAUUUUGUGUAGGAAAAUGAGUGCAUAAGAAUAACUUUCUAAAAAAAAAAUGUUACAUUAUUAAUUGUAAAACGGGCUAACUAAUAUGUACCCUUGUGAUCCAACUAGUUUCAACUGUAUGAAAAUCAGAGGAGAGGCUUCUUAUUAUACUGAAAUAAAAGACUUUGUAAAGUA